AAAUCAUGCACGCAUAUAAAUCGUACUGAUCGCUACAAGAAACGCGCACUCUCUCCGCUGCGACUGGUCCUCUCUCUCCUCUUUUCGAGCGUCGCGAUCUGCGGGACUGGAAGAAGGGAGCAUCGGGUUCGGGACGAAUCGGGAAAAGCACUGGUUGAAUGGAAAUGGAUCAGAGUUCAGAAGAAUCUGAUAUAAGUGAUUCAGACAUUCCAGAUUACGAGGAGGAACUUUACAAACGUCUCCAACAAGGUCAUUACAAAGUUAGAAACACUAAUGGGUCAUCUCGAUGCCCAUUCUGUUCUGGUAAAAGGAAGCAGGAUUAUGCAUAUAAUGAGUUGCUUCAGCAUGCUACCGGAAUUGGUGCAUCCAACCGGAAUGCUAAUGUGAAGGCAAAACAUCGUGCCUUGGCAAAAUAUUUGAACAAAGAUAUGGUAGACCACUCAGGUUCCUCUCAAGCAGUUGAUGUACAGCCAAAGACCUCUAAAAGCAAAUCAAAUGAGCAAUUUGUUUUUCCAUGGAUGGGAAUUAUUGUUAAUGUUCCAACUGAGUGCAAGGAUGGACGUUAUGUAGGUGAAAGUGGAAAUAGACUGAAGGAACAACUUUCCAGAUUUCAUCCUUUAAAAGUACAUCCUUUGUGGAAUAUCAGAGGACACACAGGAAAUGCCAUUGUGGAUUUUUCAAAAGAUUGGAAUGGUUUUAGGGAUGCAAUGGCUUUUGAAAAUCAUUUUGAAGCAGAACAUUUUGGGAAAAAAAACUGGUUAGAGAAUAAACAUCGGGGAUCAGAAAUUUAUGGUUGGAUUGCAAGGGCAGAUGAUUACAAUAGUCUUGGUCCUGUUGGUGAUCAUUUAAGGAAAAAUGGAGAUUUGAAAACUGUUGAUGACCUUUCUAAUGAAGAAUCACGCAAAACAAGUAGGCUUGUUGCAAAUUUGGCUAGCGAAAUUGAAGUGAAAAACAAACAUUUACAAGAGUUAAAAUGCAAAUAUACUGAAACUACUUUGUCGUUGGAUAAAAUGAUGGAGGAAAGGGAUUCAUUAGUCCAUACUUAUAAUGAAGAAAUUAAAAAGAUGCAGCAACUUGCUCGUGAUCAUUCGCGUAAGAUAAUUGUGGAGAAUGAAAAGCUACGAUCAGAGUUGGACUCCAAAAAGCAUGAACUUGAAGUUAGAUGCAAACAACUUGAUAAGCUAGUUGUUGUGAAUGAUAAUGACAAAAGGAAACUUGAUGCUGAGAAGAAAAAGAACGCGAUGAAGAAUAGUUCACUUGAAUUGGCAACGAUGGCACAAAAGAAGGCUGAUGAAGAAGUACUGAGGCUUCUUGAAGUUCAAAAGAAGCAAAAGCAGAUUGCGUUGAAUAAAAUACUCCAUCUUGAAAGGCAACUUGACCAGAAGCAGAAGCUGGAACUAGAAAUACAGCAAAUGCAAGGGCAGCUUAAAAUUAUGAAGCAUAUGGAAGGAGAGGAUGAUGCAGCAAUGAAGAAGAAAAUCGAUGAGAUGACAGAGCAACUGAGAGAAAAAGUGGAAGAAAUGGAAGGGUUGGAGGAUCUGAACCAGACUCUCAUUGUGAAAGAGCGCCAGAGUAAUGACGAACUUCAACAUGCUCGGAAAGAGCUGAUUAAUGGCCUGAAAGACAUGGGUACCGUGCGUGCCACUAUUGGCAUUAAGAGGAUGGGCGAACUUGACGUGAAACAAUUCUUACCUACAUGCAAGCAAAAAUUCGGAAAAGAUGAAGCCGAGUCACACGCUGCAUUAUAUUGCUCACAUUGGCAGGAGGAAUUGCGGAAGCCAAGCUGGCAUCCAUUUAAAGUUAUUACGACGGAAGGGAAGUCUAAGGAAAUCAUACAAGAGGACGACGAAAAAUUACAAGCUCUAAAUGAAGAUUUGGGUGAAGAAAUUUACAAAGUUGUAACCACAGCUUUACUUGAGAUGAAUGAGUAUAAUCCGAGCGGCAGAUAUCCUGUUCCCGAGCUGUGGAACUUCAAAGAGGACAAAAAGGCUGCGCUACAGGAAGGAAUACAGUACAUACUGAAGCAAUGGAAGACCCACAAGCGGAAGCGAUGAAUGCUAACAAUUGACUGGCAAACAAAAACUUUCCCACUAGACCUUGUGCAAAUAUUCCUUAGUUCUGCAAACUGUCGUGUUUUGAAUCGAUGGAUAUUUUCUAGGAAUCAUGACUAAACUUUCGUUUUGUUGCUUGCUCAUGCCAUUUCUGAAACUGCUUCCAAUCUCUUUAGAUGAAGUGAUAGUCUAUCGAUAGGUAUAUUUGAAUAUUAAGAUGUAGGAAAAUAUAAGCUAAAUAUUUCUUGUUAUUUGUGUGGUUAGUUUUCCAGUUUUAUGGAACCUCUUAGUCGAUCUAGCUUUGCUUGCUUUGCAUUA